GCAUCUGAUGGAUAUUGGUCACCUCGCACCAACAAUGGGAAGGAAAAGAUUGAAGACAAUUGCCGAACAACAUAUCCAAAUGUCUGACACUAUCGCUGGCUCUUGUCGAAAGCGGCCAGUUGCACCAUUCAUUUGUUACAGCCAGCAACAAUUCAAGGAAAUGCAAGGGCCAGACAACACUCGACGAAAAAUGCCUAGAAAGGAGAUUGGGGAAAGGUGGAAGGCACUCCCCUCUGAUGAGAAAAAGAGGUUUGUGGAAAUGGCUAAGGCGAGCGCUGAGGAACACGCCAAAGUAGUACCAUGUGCACCGAAGUCUGAAAAGGGUAAAAGGCAACUCCGCAUAUCAUUGAAGUCAAUUGUUGAGCUAGUUAACCGGUUCAACGAAGCACAAAAGCAGGCAGUCAUUGACAUUGGGUUUGCUGGCCUCCUGGGGAUGAAGUGUACACGUAUAGAUCACGACUUGUGCGCAUGGUUGGUACAGAACUUCGAUCCUGACAGUAGUUCAUUGAAUGUUCAUGGUUGUCAAGUCAGGCUCACGUGUAAGGCAGUUAAUGUUUUAUUGGGAAUACGGUGUGAAGGCGAUGACGUGCAGUUGGCUGGGUCAUUGGAAGCAUAUCCCAAUAUCUACGAUGAGGUUGGAGUUGUUAACGGAGUCAUUCCUUUGAACAAGUUGAGACUUUAUCUGACUGAGACUGCUGGUGCGGAGGACGAGUUUCGGCGAAAAUUUGCGCUGUACGUAUUGGGGGCCAUGUUGUGUCCUACCACAAUGACCGGGUUGAAGCCAUCGUUCAUUCAUGCCGUGAAGGACGUGAAUCGUAUGCGAGCUUGUAAUUGGGCAAAGUUGACACUGCAAUUCCUUCACAACGGUGUUCGGAAGUAUAAAGGUCAUCGCGGUGCAACUGGAUGUGUUUUCCUGCUAAUGGACUCGUUGACGAUGUUGGACAGCGAAGGGUUGUUAUCGGCGGAGGAACAAAAACUUCUUCACUAUGUAUUUGACGAUAGCAAAAAUGAAAUGGACAUUGUUGUUUCCAUGAAUCUUCAUGGACGGGCAUGUGAAGUUGGCACCCGGCGUGACAUGCGCACGCUCAAACCAGGGUCGUGGCUAUCCGACACUCCAAUCAACUUGGUGGUGGUGCAAUUGACUAAUCGACAGAGGGAUUUACACAAUGACGGGAGGCACACUGAUUGGUUCUUUCCCGUAUAUCUGUCGACUAUGAUUCUAAAUAAAGAUAUGCAACCUCUGGACCAUGAACAUAUCGUCACAUCAUUUUUCGGACAUGACAGAUACACUGGUGCGAUUGAUGCAUGCCAGAGGAUUUACGUGCCUUUCAAUUACAGAGGAGUGCAUUGGUUGUGCGUUAAAAUUGAUAUGGUGGACCGUGUAGCCUACCUAUUCGACUCAGUCCCAUCCAACCGACCGAACAAAAGGAAGCUAAAUGCAGCUAAAAUUUUGGUUGAAACUAUGCACGACUUGCUGCAACUACACUUUGGAAAUGAUUAUGUUACAGACGUGCGUACCUUCCACCGCUGCAUGUUAGACGAGAGGCCAGUACAACAACUGGACGACACGUUUGACUGUGGGAUGUUCGUCAUCAAAUUCAUGCAGCAACCUGAUUUAAGCCCCGGUCCACACAAGACUUCGCUUCGUCCGCCGCCAAUUUGUCAUCGGUCAGCCAAUCAACGUUCUGCUUGAUAGCGCCGACUUGCCGCUCCAAACUUGACAACCGUGUGUCCACUUCAUUCAGCCUUUCGUAGAUAGCUUGCAACUGCUGGAAUACAGGAGCAACAUGAGCUUCAACAAUAGCUUCAAUCUUGUUCGAAUCGGACAUUUUGUAGGAAUAUGUGUAUGGUUUAUUUUACUGACUACUUUUUUAAAGGAAUGUACAGAUUCAUAAUAUUACACAACACUAUGCUGUAAGUAUUUGUAAUAUAUGGUACAUGACUUGUAUGUUUGCAGAAGACCUCAUGCAUUGUGACAUACAUCGUA